UAAUCACAUGUGUGAGUUGUCAGGAAGAAGAAACAAAAGCGGUUUUUAGGCCAGCUCUGAGAAUGCCACCCAUGGGCGAUGAAUGAUGCAGCCGCGCGAGCGAAGUGUCCGCAGGUGACUCACCUGUGCGAACCGGCCGCGUGCACGCGCUUACACGAGUCAUGGAGAAUACAAUCCUCGUAUCCGGAGCAAUGUGUAAAGAAUCAGGAAUGGAAGAGUAACGUUAGCUGAUACAUACACCUGACCCGUGUAUGCCAUGGGGAACUGCUGGACUCAAUGUUUUGGGCUCUUUAGAAGGGAAGCAAACAGGAUACAAAGAGGAGGAGGGUCUAAAUACUUCAAAAGUACCACAGCUGGGGAACACUAUACCAUUGAGUUUGAGAACCUUGUGGAGAGCGAUGAGGGUGAGAGCUCGCAAAGCUGCCCUAGACCCAUCAGCGAGGAGGAGAUCAGCCACUUGAAAGAGCAACGCUACGCUGCCAUCUCAGACCAACAGGCGCUGAUCGACAAAAAGCUGAAGGCAGAGUUAGUGGCAGAAGAGGAGAAGUUAAGGCUAGAAGAGGAGGCUGCUUUUGCAGCCCAGCGCGAGGCAGCGCGGCUCGCUAAGGAACGAAAGCUAAAGGAGGGAAAGCAGCAGCCACAGAGGACCAAACCCAAACCAGAAUCAGAGAGCAAUGACACUCGGCACAAACCUGCGUCCGAUGGAGAGUUCGAGGUGUACCUGCAGAGUGUGAAGGCUCAAUCUGAAGCAUUUCGUGGUAACCGACUCAGCUCUGAGACGAAUGUGGUGACGCCAAACACAGAGAGCAGCUGGGACUUCACCAGUAAGACUGACGCCACGUCACUGGACCUGGAGUGGGAGGAUGAGGAGGGAAUGAACCGAAUGGGUCCUGCAUGGGAGCGUUCCAAAACGGAGGAGGACAUUUUACGGGCGGCGCUUCGUCCUGGCGGGAAACAGCUGGACAGCGGACCCACCUCCACCUCUGAGGACUCCAACGCUCUGGAGUGGGAGAACGACUUUGUCAGCGCACAUCCCGAGGACAGUGGUGACCAUGGCGACGAGGACUUUGAGGGAUUCGUUAAUCCAGUAUUGGACACGCCCACUGAGGAGGCGGGGCAUAAGGCCAGCUCUGACCAACAAGAGAGAUAGUCUACAGCAAGAGACCGUGAGACCACAGCGAUUUCAAAUGCCUCGUUCAAUAUCAGUGUGAUAUGACCACGGAUGGUCAGUUCAACUUGAUGUAUAAAAUGAAAUUCUUAAAGUGUGAGAGAAAAUGUACUGUCAUUGGGUGAAUAUCAUGAAAAUUGUCAUAAUUUAUCCCAAAAAAAUAUUAUAUAUAUUUUCAUUAUUUUGACUGUUAUCUGUAUUACAAUAAAAAUACUGUAAUACAAGCAUUUCUAACUUUUAAAUCAGUCGAUACAAUACAUGCAGCCAUGCUCAAACAUCUUUAUGGAUGCUUUAUUUUGUUUAUGCAAAAUAUAAUUUCUUUUGGGAUGAAUAAUGGCAUGUUUGUGACAGUUUUCCUGAGAUUCACACCAUUAGGUCACUGAUUUAUUAGGAUUUGCGUUCCACGGGUAAAUUUGCCCCGGUUUUUAAUUAUUAGAUGCAUCUGUAAUUUGUUUAUUCGUUUCAUUUUAAUAACUGGGUGAGGAAUGUUUUUCGUUCAGCCUUAUUUCAGAAGUUUUCAUUAGAGAUCUGAAUCAAGUGCAAUUUUAGAAGAAGAGGGAAGUUUCUCGAAAGCUACAGAUGUUUUCCAGAACAGUCAUAUCUUUUCUUUUGCAUGGUUGAUACGAUAACAGUCAUAUCAGACAUUAUAACAGGGAAAAUGACUUGUCAGGGAAUGUGUGCCCUUGUAUGAUGUGUAUGAGACACAGGACAGUUUAAAGGGAAAGACCUUUUGGCUAAAAUGCAUUGGAACGUAUUUAAAUUAAGUCCAUAAGUGCUUUUAAAAUAGUCACUGUUUAUCUGUCUGUGGGUCAAAGGGUUUGUUGUCAACACUUUUUGGAAACGGUGACGACCAGUUCUUUAAAACCUUGCAUUUCUUAACUAAAUGGAUCAGAAAGAGGGAAAACACAUGGUGUAAUAUGGAUAUAGUCAUAUUCUACCUCUGGUUUUGAUAAUCCUGACGUUAUUGAAUGAAUUCAUGCUGUCUUACUGUAUCUAAAAAUGAUUUGAUGUGUAUAUCUUUCCGAAACAUGAAAGUUGUUUCACAGUGAAAUCGAAGAAAUAUUAUUUUGCAUAAAGAAAAUAAGCAUGUUUUAGGAAAAUUGUUUUUGACAUUGAUUGACACCAUUUUCAUGAAUACUUAUUACCAUAUUAAAGGGAUGGUUGAUUAUGA